UCUAUUAUUUUGUUGUGUUGUUUAGCGUCAGAGGAGACGCGCUGCUUGAGAGCGGCACCGCAAAUCUCUGGGGCGCGGCGCCACAGGGGCAGGGCGCCGGAGCGGCGGCGGCGAAUCCAGGUUGGUAGCAGCUUCUAAGAGCGCGAAUCGAAGCUGUAGAGGCCCGGGAGGGAGUCGCCAUGGCCUAUUUGUGGAGCUUGUGAGAGCGGCCUGGAUUUGGAGGGGCCGAGAUCGCAGGGCAGCUUCUACGCAUCGCAGUGACGAUUGAGAAUGGCUGGCAACGAGUAUGAAGGAGCCGCGUAUGAGGAUGGUGCCGAAUCCCCUGGAGCCAGGCACGGGGAUUAUGGCGAGCCAGCACAUUACGAUGGCCAAGAGAAUGGCGGCGAUCGCUAUCGUGAGCGAAAGUCUCGUGAGCGGGAGAAGAGCAGAGAAAGAGAUGACCGGAGGCACCGGGAUGAUAGAGACCGCAGGAAUGACAGGGAGAGAGAUUACGACAGGGAUCGUGACCGUGAAAGAGACCGUGAUGAACGCCACAAAACUCGAGAUCGCGAAAGAAGACGGAGUCGAGACCGAGACCGUGAAAGAGAGCGUCGUCACAGGCAUCGGUCGCGCUCACGGUCGAAAGGAAGAUCUCGAGACCGCUCAAAGUCCCGCUCCCGCUCCCGGUCUCGUGAUCGACGAAGUCGUGGCAGCAAAAGAACCAGCGGAUUUGACAUGGCUCCUCCAGGUGCCGCUGUCGUUACAGGAACUACACCAGGUCAACUUCCAGGGAUUACUCAACCUGUUCCCGGGGUGUUUUCCAUGUUUCCUUUCGCGGGCACUCAGUUUGCGGGACUUCCGACGAUGCCAGCACAAGCAAUGACUCAGCAGGCGACGAGGCAUGCACGCCGUGUGUAUGUCGGUGGAUUACCUCCCCUGGCAAAUGAGCAGGUGAUUUUUUCAGUUAGGGGGAUUGAUAUAUAUUCAAAUAUGCUUUUUAAUUUCGGACAGACUAUCGCGACAUUUUUUAGCCAAGUGAUGUCUGCUAUUGGAGGAAAUACGGCUGGCCCUGGUGACGCUGUUGUGAAUGUGUACAUUAACCAAGAGAAGAAAUUUGCUUUUGUCGAAAUGCGAACUGUUGAAGAAGCCAGCAAUGCAAUGGCUUUAGAUGGUAUCAUUUUUGAGGGGGUCUCGGUCCGUGUAAGAAGACCAAGUGAUUACAACCCUUCGAUGGCGGCGACACUUGGUCCCAGUCAACCGAGUCCUCACCUUAACCUUGCAGCAGUCGGACUUACUCCUGGUGCCGCCGGCGGAGCUGAUGGCCCUGAUCGCAUCUUUGUCGGCGGACUUCCUUAUUACUUGACAGAGGGUCAGAUAAAGGAGUUGCUCGAGUCGUUUGGGCCGCUUCGGGGUUUCGACCUUGUAAAGGAUCGCGAUACAGGCAACUCGAAGGGAUACGGCUUUUGCGUUUACCAGGAUCCUGCUGUUACGGAUGUAGCCUGCGCUGCUUUAAACGGGCUGAAAAUGGGCGACAAAACGUUGACGGUUCGUCGAGCUACUGCUAGUGUCCACAGUGGCCAGCCCAAGCCAGACCAAGCUAACGUCCUGGCUCAGGCGCAACAACAGAUUGCUCUUCAGAAGCUUGCCUUGCAAGGUGCGCCUUACUACAACAUGAUGAUGCCAGGCGUGGAUAACGGCAUGACGAUGCCCGAGACCCCUACCAAAGUUGUGUGCUUGAAACAGGUUGUUUCUCCAGAUGAGCUCAAGGAGGAUGAUGAGUACGAGGAGAUCCUCGAGGACAUGCGAGAGGAAUGUGGAAAAUAUGGUAGCGUGGCCACUUUGGUAUUACCUCGGCCUAAAUCAAACGGCGAGGAGGUCGCAGGAGUUGGGAAGGUAUUCGUGGAGUACGCCACGAUCGAAGAGGCAAUCAAGGCCAAGAACUCGCUGAACGGGCGCAAAUUCGGCGGCAACAUCGUUGCCGCGGUGUACUUCCCGGAGGACAAGUUCCUCCAGGGGGAGUAUAACGUCGAACCGGCGAGCAGCUAAGGGAACGAACACCGCCCCGCUCGCUAGGACAAAGAAUCGCAAUCGCAACGCCGGCGACGACGACGACGCGACGAAGAAGCACGUUAUAAGAAAGUAGUGUGUGAGGAGGAAGUGACGAAAUACCUCUCGCAAAAAAAGCCCAGAAGCCGAGUGCUGGGGACAUUGAUUCUCUGCGAGGAUUGCAUUUUGUUGGUAGUAUGAACUAAUAAUGUUUGGUUGGAUUCGAAAAAAGGCUUGAAAUGUGGGAAACUGUUCGUUUCAUCUUC